UCACCCACACACAGCGGCAGCAGCAGAGAAAACCUUUGACUGUUUAAAGACAGAAAAACUACAAAUCCUCUCACUCAGAAUCAGAGGAGAUGGCGGAGAGGAAAGCCGUCUUGUUCAACUUCUGGGGGGUUGCUGUCUCCUCCAGGCCUGAUGCUAUUUUCCACAAACUGGAGCAGUUGCAUAAACUGCCACGUGGUUUCCUGUCCAGCGUGGCGUCUCAGAAAGGCAGCGCCAUGAGCCAGGCGGAGAGAGGCGAGGUGGCGCUAUCUCAGAUGAUACCAGCAUUUGAAGAAGAGUGUGUGAAGGAGGCCCAGGUCAGGAGUGUCUCUCUGCCGUCUGAUUGGUCAGUCAGAGGCCUGCUGCAGGAGUUCAGAGAGGCGAUGACAGACCUCCAAUCAGCCGUCUUGAAGACUGCCACCACCCUUCGUCACAAUGGGUUACUGACAGCAGUGUUGGCCAAUCACUGGCUCGAUGACGGUGCAGGUAGAGAAGAAAUGGGCCGCCUUCUCUCUCUGCUGGGCGGCCAUUUUGACCUGGUCCUCCAGUCCUGUCGCUCAGGUCACAGGGUCCCCGAGGCCGCAAUGUUCAGCUCCGCUCUGCAGCACCUGGGAGUGACAUCACAACAGGCUCUGUGGUUGGACACAGAUGAGGAAGGUGUGAAGGCGGCAGAAGGAGCGGGGAUGAAGGCCAUCUUGGUGGAAAAGCUGGAAGACGCUCUGGAGAAACUAGCCAGCUUCACUGGAGUUCAGGCUGUAACAGCAGAGAGUCCGCCACCAUCCUGCAACCCUGACGAAGUGUCUCAUGGAUACGUCACCAUCAGGCCUGGCAUGAGGACCCAUUACGUUGAAAUGGGCUCAGGACCACCAGUUCUGCUGUGUCACGGCUUCCCUGAGAGCUGGUACAGCUGGAGGUACCAGAUCCCAGCCCUGGCAGCAGCCGGGUUCAGGGUGUUGGCUCUGGACAUGAAAGGUUAUGCAGAGUCUACAGCGCCUCCAGACAUCGAAGAAUAUUCCCAGGAGAAGCUGUGCAAGGAUUUAAUCACAUUUAUGGACAAAAUGGUGAUACCUCAGGUCACCCUGGUGGGUCAUGACUGGGGCGGCGCCCUGGUCUGGAACAUGGCUCAGUAUUAUCCUGAGAGAGUCAGGGCUGUAGCAUCUCUGAACACUCCUCUGUUCCCUGUGGAUCCUUCUGUUAGUCCUGUAGAGAAAGGCAAAGCCAUUCCCAUUUUUGACUACCAGCUCUACUUCCAGAAACCAGGUGUAGCGGAGGCCGAGCUGGAGAAAGACUUGGAGAGAACAUUCAAGAUUUUCUUUUCAAGCAGCAGUGAAGCAAAGAGUCGUCCCAGUCUCAGCACUGCAGGAGUCUGUGCUCGAGGCGGGCUGUUUGUGGGUCUACCAGAGCAGAUUCCUCGCAGCUCCAUUCUAACGGAGGCCGACCUGCAGUACUACUGCAGCCAGUACAAGGAGCACGGCUUCAGGAGACAACUGAACUGGUAUCGAAAUGGUGAGACGAGCUGGAAGUGGAUGUGUUCUCGUCCCAGAGGGAAGCUGCUGAUGCCGGCGCUGAUGGUGACAGCAGGUAAAGAUCCGGUACUGCUGCCAGUCUUCACCAAGGGAAUGGAGGACUUGAUCCCGAACCUGAGCCGAGGACACAUCGAGGAGUGCGGACACUGGACUCAGAUGGACCAGCCGGCUGAGACAAACAGGAUCCUGAUAUCAUGGCUUCAAGAAACACACAAGAAGGCUGGAGGCGUUACCAUGGCACCCAAACUGUGAGGGAGGGAGGGAGGAAUGAGAAGAGGGGAGGAAUGGAGGAAGGAAGGAAGAACAUAUUGAAUGAAGAAAGGAAAGGAGAGACAGAAAAGGAAGGAAGGAAGGAAGGAAGGAAGGAAGGAAGAGAGGAUGGAUACAGGGAAGGAAAAAAGGAACAAAGGAGGGCAGAAAGCAAAAAAGGAUGGAAAGGAAGGGAGGAAAGGAGAGACAAGCACUCUGUAAUACAGUUUUUAUUUCUGUAUUUACAUUUUUUUUGUUAAAACUGCACAAAAAUAUGAAAAUAAGACGAAUACAGAACUCAUGGAUACUGACAUGAUUUAUAAGGGAGAUCAUUUCUUAUAAAGCAACAUUUAUCUCUCAUUUGAAAAUGUAUUCAUUAGUUCAUGUAGAUUUUUGGAAUAUAAAAUAAAGAUAUUUGAUGAAUAAAGUGGGUUUAAUUGGUACUGUGACUCCAUUUAAGCCCACGUCAUGAUUUAUUUACUAAAUAUGAAACAAAAUAUUGAUUUAAAAGAAUUAAAAACAGCAAUAUAUGUAUUCAGUAACAUGUUAAAUAAUAAAAAAUUAGGAAAAUUUUAAAAGGUGUGACUUCAGAUGUAACCUCCAUUGUAAUCAUCAACAUUUUCAUCAGUAGCUUUAACAGUUACACUUAUAUUUAUUUUACAAUUAAACACUGUACCAUCUAACUAGUUACUCCCCAACAAUGGUUGGUCAAUGUUAAAGGGUGAAGUCGUGUUAUUAAGAGGCAGAUCUAAGAGAUCAGGUCGAGUGAUGAAGACCAGGAGAGCAACGCCGCCCUCUGGUGGUUGAGAGGAGAACUGCAUUCACAGUUUGUUGUGCUUGAACAGUUUCUCCCACGAUGGCAUGAUGUGCUCGUAAAUUCUCUCUAUCUGUAAGACAGACACACACGCGCACGCGCACACACACACACACACACACACACACACACACACACACACACACACACACACACACACACACACACACACACACACACACACACAUAGAUAAAGACACUGAGACUGACCAAAAAAAAGUUCAUAGUUUGUCAUCUUUGUGUCUAGAACUAUAAACAAUUGACUGAUUAAUACAAUUAAUAAGAUAAAACAUUCCUUUAUUAGUCCCACGUUGGGGAUUUAUUAACAUUAUUGAGUCAGCAAAAUGGACAGAGUAGUAAAAAUAGAAGAGCGUCAAUAAAGAAGAAUAAAUAAUAAGUAAGUACAAAAGCAAUUAAAACAAUAGUAGUAAAAAUAUGUUAAUAUUAUAUAAUUAUUUAUCCAGAAAAUUGGCACAUUUACUCUGUUUUACAUCAUUUGUAAAGGGAAACUUUGGCUUUAUGGAAUUAUCAUUGGACAUAUCAUUUUUGGACAUUUUAUGGAUUAAUUGAUUAUAACUGGAUCUAUAACUGACAGGAUAAUUGAUAAGUGUCUUUUAUUUUUGUUGUGCCUCAAAUGAAAUGAUAUGUGUGAGCUUGAAAUGUAAAAAUGACGCAGAAAUAAAGACAUUUAAAGUAA